AUGUACAUUGAAAAAAAAAGUAAUUAUUUCUCAAUAUCGAUAGAAUAGACAUACACUAAAUUCAUAAAUAAAAACUAAUGGGAAGAUGCUCUUGCAUCGGAUAAAAAUCAGGCUGAAAAAUUGGAAGAUUUUUUUCUGAGGUAUCAUAAAGGACCCUAGGAAUUAAAAAUGGCUAUAGAUAAUGUAACUCUUAAAUAUUUUCCCACUCUAUUAUAAUGUUGCCUUGAAAGUUUAGUAUUUUUAUCAAAACCCAACAAUCCAAAGUAUAGUUAUUAUAUAGAUCAAAUUUUGGGGUCAACAACCUUCGAAAAUUUAUUCUCUAAAGAGCUUCAAAUUAUGAACACAAAACCCAAUUAGGAGGAUUAAAAAUUUAUUAAUUAUUUCCUAAAGGUUGUUCGCAAUUCAUUAGAAUUAUAAUUGCAAUAACUACCAAAAUAUGUAAAAAUUUUAAAAGAAACAGUUUCUAACUUAGAGAAAAGAAACUCAAAAUUCAAUGAAGUGCUUAAGGAUAUUUAAAAUUUAUAUGAUCAAUUAACUAAUCCUCAAUAAUCAUCAUCAUCUAAUUAUUAACAAAAACCCUAAAGUGUUGUCAAUUAAGGAACGAAUUAGCAAUAAACUGAGUAUCGACCUAGAAACUUUUAACAGGAAUUUUUAACAGACCCCCGCAAUUAUAAUUUAAAUCUCCCUCAAGCCCAGAGUUAUUAAAAUAAUCAACCUUAUGUAUAAUAAUAAUAAUUUGUUUAAAUACAACCGACAACCAAUAAUACAUAAGCAAAUUUAUACUAACCAAGACAAAAUUUCCCCAACAAUAAUCAAAAAAUAGAACCAGAUUAAUUCUAAUAACCUUUUUAUGGAAAUAUAAUCUAAAACUCUAGGAUUAAUGAUAAUAAUAUUAAUUCUUCAGGAUUUCAAACCUUACAAUUAAAUUCAUAAUCAUAGGCACCGUAGAAUCAUUGUCCACCAAUACAAAUAAGUAGAUAAUAAUAUUAUCAACAGAAUCAAUAAGUACCUUAAUAAUCAGAACAAAGUUCAUAAAUAACUUACUAAUCAUUUCAAAACUAAUAAACACAAUAAAAUCAAUAUCCUCCACCAUAACAACAAAUUUCGAAGAAUCAGAAUACGCCUUAAUAAUCAGACUAAUACUAUUAUAAAUAGCAAAAUCAACCUGAGUACUUGGAUUACUACUAAUAAAAAUAAAAGAAGUAGCAGGAAUAGCUAUGGGUAGAAAAGCCUUAGGUUUCAUAGUCGAAAAGUGAAAUCUCAAGAUAUUAAGGUAACUAAAACAGAUAUUAACAAUAAUACAGAGAAUAUAAUGAUCCACAGUAUGAACAAAAUGAUGUUCAACUAUAUGAAGUUAAAUAGUCUAAUGCGCCGCAGUAUGAAGCCAAACAAUAGAAUGUAUCACAAUAUGAAGGCAAACAAUAUAAUGCUCUACUAUAUGAAGCGAAACAAUAGAAUGUAUCACAAUAUGAAGCGAAACAAUAUAAUGAACAAUAAUAUGAAGUCAAAUAAUAGAAUGUAUCACAAUAUGAAGCCAAAUAAUAUAAUGGACCAUAAUAUGAAGUCAAAUAAUAGAAUGUAUCACAAUAUGAGGCCAAACAAUAUAAUCCAUAACAGUAUGAUGAUAGAAAAUAUAAUGCUCGGCAGUAUGAAGUUAAAUAACGCGAUGGCUCACUUUAUGAAGUUAAACAGUCCACAUAAUAUUCAAAAAGUUAAAGCAGUUCACAAUAGGAAUAUAGAAGUAGUAAGUAAGGAUAUCAAAAUAAAUCAGUUAAUUUUGAGUAUUAUAAAUAUGAUAUCGAAUAUUUUAACCAGAUGAAGAAUUUUUAUUAAUAGAAAUAAUCUAGAUAAGGAUAAAACAGAACUAAUUAAACAGAGUAGGUUUAUGUAAGUUACAAAGAUUGCUCUAUAGAACCUAUAAUUGUAGAAUUUGAAGUUGUUCCAAAUANUCUAAUUAUUAACAAAAACCCUAAAGUGUUGUCAAUUAAGGAACGAAUUAGCAAUAAACUGAGUAUCGACCUAGAAACUUUUAACAGGAAUUUUUAACAGACCCCCGCAAUUAUAAUUUAAAUCUCCCUCAAGCCCAGAGUUAUUAAAAUAAUCAACCUUAUGUAUAAUAAUAAUAAUUUGUUUAAAUACAACCGACAACCAAUAAUACAUAAGCAAAUUUAUACUAACCAAGACAAAAUUUCCCCAACAAUAAUCAAAAAAUAGAACCAGAUUAAUUCUAAUAACCUUUUUAUGGAAAUAUAAUCUAAAACUCUAGGAUUAAUGAUAAUAAUAUUAAUUCUUCAGGAUUUCAAACCUUACAAUUAAAUUCAUAAUCAUAGGCACCGUAGAAUCAUUGUCCACCAAUACAAAUAAGUAGAUAAUAAUAUUAUCAACAGAAUCAAUAAGUACCUUAAUAAUCAGAACAAAGUUCAUAAAUAACUUACUAAUCAUUUCAAAACUAAUAAACACAAUAAAAUCAAUAUCCUCCACCAUAACAACAAAUUUCGAAGAAUCAGAAUACGCCUUAAUAAUCAGACUAAUACUAUUAUAAAUAGCAAAAUCAACCUGAGUACUUGGAUUACUACUAAUAAAAAUAAAAGAAGUAGCAGGAAUAGCUAUGGGUAGAAAAGCCUUAGGUUUCAUAGUCGAAAAGUGAAAUCUCAAGAUAUUAAGGUAACUAAAACAGAUAUUAACAAUAAUACAGAGAAUAUAAUGAUCCACAGUAUGAACAAAAUGAUGUUCAACUAUAUGAAGUUAAAUAGUCUAAUGCGCCGCAGUAUGAAGCCAAACAAUAGAAUGUAUCACAAUAUGAAGGCAAACAAUAUAAUGCUCUACUAUAUGAAGCGAAACAAUAGAAUGUAUCACAAUAUGAAGCGAAACAAUAUAAUGAACAAUAAUAUGAAGUCAAAUAAUAGAAUGUAUCACAAUAUGAAGCCAAAUAAUAUAAUGGACCAUAAUAUGAAGUCAAAUAAUAGAAUGUAUCACAAUAUGAGGCCAAACAAUAUAAUCCAUAACAGUAUGAUGAUAGAAAAUAUAAUGCUCGGCAGUAUGAAGUUAAAUAACGCGAUGGCUCACUUUAUGAAGUUAAACAGUCCACAUAAUAUUCAAAAAGUUAAAGCAGUUCACAAUAGGAAUAUAGAAGUAGUAAGUAAGGAUAUCAAAAUAAAUCAGUUAAUUUUGAGUAUUAUAAAUAUGAUAUCGAAUAUUUUAACCAGAUGAAGAAUUUUUAUUAAUAGAAAUAAUCUAGAUAAGGAUAAAACAGAACUAAUUAAACAGAGUAGGUUUAUGUAAGUUACAAAGAUUGCUCUAUAGAACCUAUAAUUGUAGAAUUUGAAGUUGUUCCAAAUAAAAAUUUUGUAUAUGGUGGAUGUAUUUUUGAAAUUCCUAUUGGAUAGCCAUUCAAAAGUAAAGAGUUGUUUUUGAAUAACCACUUUUUUAUUCUAAGAGAGGAUUACUUAAAGGGUUUUAGAAAUGUAGUUGCUAGAUUAAAAGAAAAUCAUUUUGAGGAAUUAAGUUAUUAGGUAUUGUAGAAUGCAUUCUUAUAUUACAAUGUUCUUAUUGAAAAUAUUACUGUCACUAAUCGAGGACUUCAAUUUGCUGUUACUAUGAAUGCUUAUGAUCCAAAGAAUAAUAGUAUAAAUUGGGUUAAAACAACUAGACUUAUGUCAGGUUCCUUAAUCUUAUUAGUAAUUUCUAUUAUAAUAAUAAGUCAACCACGAAACUUGAGUUUAUGUUAUUCGGAACUGUAGUUGAAAAACCCUAAGCAGAUAGAAAUGGUAGAGUUAUUAUUCUUCUUACAUUGAUCGGUCUUUCUAUUAAGGAAUAAUUAAAAUUUGUGAAUAGUCUGUUAAGUCAAGGUAAUAUUAAUUAAAUAUUCAAGAACAAAAUUUGAUAGCAAUCGAGAACAAAACAUAUUUCGAAACAUAUACUCACUUUUUAAACUGCUUGUAAAUGAUUGAGCCAUCUAGAUUUCCCUUCGCUGAGUAAAUAGUGUUUGGUUCAAAAGUUAUGCCUAGGCCAGGAUAUUUAGAUAAUCAGCAAGUUAAAAAUGAAGGUAUUUUUUAUGAUAUUGAUCUCAAAUUUGACUUGCAUCAAUAAAAGCGAAUUGGAUAAAUGCAGAGAAUAAAUAUAUUGAGAGAAUGGCCUAAUGUGAAUACUGAGAGUUUGGAUGAAUCUUAAUUGUAAGCUAUAAAAACAAUAUUGAAAAAUGGUAUCUCAUUGAUUUAGGGGCCACCAGGCACAGGGAAAACAUUCUGUGGAGCCUUGGGUGUCAGAAUAUUAUUGGAGAAUCAGUAUAAGUGGAAUUAAAGCUAUCAUUAGCAGAAUAAACCAAUUUUGAUUGUGUGUUAAACAAAUCAUGCUUUAGAUUAAUUCUUGUCACACAUUCUUACAUUUUGCAGAAUGGAAGACAUUGUUAGAAUAGGAGGUCGAUGUAAGGUGAAGGAAUUUGAACCUAUGCUUUUGACAAGCAAUUAGCAAGAAAGAAAAAUUCAUUUUAAUUGGCGUGAGUUUUUAGAUUUAAGAUAGGAUUUGGAUAGAAAGCUGAGAAACUUAUUAAAUUUGACAGAUAAUGUGAAUUAUAUAGAUUUUGAAUAAUAUAUGCCUGAUUUGCUGGACAGAGUAGUUAGCCAAUACUUAGAAAUUGAGGAUCUUAAUUUUGAUAAGCCUGUAUCUUCAGAUUCAAGAAAAUUAAUUAUGCAUAUGUGGUUGGAUAAUUUUAAACCUCAAGUAGAAUAAGCUAAUAAAAUCAUUGGUAUUGAAGAGUAAUGUUUCAAUUACUUGUUAAAAAAAUAAGCUAAUAAAAAAAAAUUUAAACCAAUUCUUGUUUACAAAUAUAGUGAUUUGGAUCACCAAUUUAAAUUAAGUGAUGAAGCUUAAUAAUAAUUAGAUCAGGAUUCAGAUGAAGAGUUUUUAGAUGAAAAUUAAAAUAUUGAUUCUGAUGAAGAGGAAAAUAGAAAGGUAUUAACUACUUCAGAAUAAUCAGGGAAGGAUGAAUUUGUAAGAAAGCUUAUUUAAGAUUCAAGAACAAUGAAAAGGUUGGUAAAUCGAUUAAGCCAUGAGAAUGAAGUUAGCUUUAAUGUUAUUUUGAAGGAAAUUAAUGAAAAACAGAAUUAUUAGAUAUGGGAAAUGUCAUAAACCAAAAGGAAUGUGAUCACAAGAUAUAUAUUUAGUUAGAAAUUUUAAUAUUUAUUUCAAAUAUUGUAAAAUGAAGUCGAUAAAUAUGAAAAUUACGUUAAUUAACUAAAAUAAGCUUAUAUUGACAGGGAUAUGAAAUUCAUACAAACUAAGAGAAUAGUAGGAGUAACUUUGUCAGGGUGCGCAAAAUAUGCGGAAAAAUUAUAAAAUUUAAAGUUUAAUAUCCUCAUAGUUGAAGAGGCAGGUGAAGUAUUGGAAUCUAAUUUAGUUGCUGUUUUGUCAUAACAAAUAAAUCAUUUAAUUUUAAUUGGAGAUCAUUAGUAAUUGAAACCGCAUCUGGAAUGCUAUGAUUUGGAAGUGAAAUUUAGAGCAAAUAUUUCUUUGUUUGAAAGAUUAAUAAAAAAUGGAUUAGAGUAUGCCACAUUAAAAUAUUAGAGGAGGAUGAAAUCCAAAUUUGCUGACUUUAUUCGUCUUAUCUACACAGAUUAUAAGGAUCACAGUUCUAUAGAAGAAUAAAACAAAAUUCACAUUGAAGGAUUUAACUCUGAUUUGCUCUUUUUUGAUCAUAGAAAAAGGGAGGAUAUAAAAUUAUACUCAAGUUCUAAAUAAAAUUCAUUUGAGGCUAGGAUGAUUGUAAAAAUGGUUGAUUAUUUAUUGAAAAAUGGGCAUAACAGUUCAAAAAUAACGAUCUUAACUACUUAUGUGAGAUAGGCAUUAUACAUAUAAAAAGAAUGUGGAAAUAGAAAUAUUAAAGUGCAAUCAAUUGAUAAUUAUUAAGGAGAGGAAAAUGAUAUAAUAUUGAUAUCUUUGGUUAGAUCAAAUGAUGAUUAUAAAUUGGGUUUUGUUGCGAUAGAUAAUCGUGUUUGUGUAGCAUUAUCUCGAGCAAGAUUGGGACUGUAUGUAUUUGGCGAUUUCGAUUUUAUUGAAGAGUGCAUAAAAGAUCACCUCAAGAAGGACCCUCUAAAAAGAACCCCAGAUGUUACAGACUUGUGGUUAAGAAUAAUAAAAUUAGCAGAGCAAAAAGAAGUAAUUAAGAAUUAUAUUGAGUUGAGAUGUUCCUCCCAUAAUUAAAUCACUAAGAUAUAUGAUGUAAAAGAUUGGGAUCAAGUGAAAGGAGGAGGUUGUUAAAAUAUAUGUGGGGUAGAAUUCCCAUGUGGCCAUACUUGUCAAUUAAGAUGUCAUAAAUCUGAUCAUAAUCAAAAUGAUUGCCCAGAAUUGUGUGAAAAGAAUUUAACAUGUGGUCAUUAAUGUCUUGGAAGGUGUAAGUAGUAUCCUUGUCCUCCUUGCAGGACGAUGAUUUAAAUACAGAUUUAACAAUGUGGUCACACUACCUCAAUAUAAUGUUGUGAUUAACAUAAAAAGAUUUAAUGCAGAGAACGGUGCAACAAGAUUUUAAAGUGUGGCCAUCAAUGUUCUCUUCAGUGCAUAGAUGACUGCAAAUAUAACAAAUGUUGUGAAUAAAUUUAAUAUACUUUGCCUUUAUGCAAGCAUGUCAUGUCUAUUAGAUGUGAUGAUCAAAAUUACUUAGAAAAAUUGGUAUGUCAACGCGAUUGCAAAACCUAAUUGAUAUGUGGUCAUUAGUGUAGUGGAAGUUGUGGAGUAUGUUUUGAAAAAUUCCAUUAUCCAUGCUAAAAGACUUGUGAUAAGAUAUUGUUAUGUGGCCAUAAAUGCAAACAACUAUGUUCUAUGGAGUGUUAUAAGUGUGAAGAUAAUUGCCAAGUAGAAUGUAAUUGUAACAUUCAAUGUAAAAAGAAAUGUAAUCAAAUAUGUAAUCCAUGCAAUAAGGAUUGCAAAUUAAGUUGCCAACACACUGAAUGCACAAAAAAAUGCCAUGAGAUUUGUGAUAGGAAACCUUGCAAUCAAAAAUGUGAUAAGAAACUAAAAUGUGGUUGUGAUUGCAUGGGAUUUUGUGGAGAAGUUUGUCCUGAGAUUUGUUAGAACUAAGAUCACGAUACUUAAUUUGCUGAUAAAGAUACUAUUUAUUAUUAAUUGGAGUGUUAUUAAUGCAAUUUUAUUGGUGAGGCAGAAUUUUUAGACCAAUAUUUUGAUAGUUAACAAUCAAAUUUAAUUCACUGUCCAAAAUGCAAUUAGAUUAUUUGGAGAAGUAGAAGAUAUUAAAGUCAAGUCAAAAACUCAUUAAUUUAGUUUAAUACUGAAAAAGAGUAGGUAUUACUUAAAUAAUAAAUUACUUAUGAUAAAAUCAAUUAAGCCAUCAAACUGACUGAAGAUAAAAUUGACUUUAUAAAAAAAAUCAAUAGGAAGGAUAAUUAUAGCUUUUUAGAUAAUAUCAUGUAGGACUUAAAAAGAGAAAUGCUAUUAUAUAAUACAAGGAAACCUCAAUGGAUGCCAUAUCACUAUUUCAAGUGUGUCAAAAAACAACUACGAUAUUAUGAAAAGACUGUUGAAUUGAUGAGUUGUUUAAAUGAUAAUCAACUUUUCAAUAUCCAUAAAAUCAAUUUGAUCAACCAAUAUUUAAUGAAUGAAGAAUUUAGAAAUUCUUAUUCAAAAAGUUUUUGGUGGAAAGUCACCUAUAAAAUGGAGAACCUUCUGUUAUAUUAAAAAAUUAUUGCUCAUUAUUAAAAGACUUAAAAUUAAGAAUUCCAAAAUAUAUCUUAUGUAAUUGAAGAUUCAAAUUUCUAUUUAGAUGAUGGAAAAAAAUAAUCAUUUGAGAAAAUAUUAAAUGAAUCGAUCGGUGCUUAAUAAUGA